AUGAAAUGUCAUUGUAAAUAUUGUUUACCACGUUUUUUUUGUCAAACAAUAAAUGAAAAUGAUUUUUGUUAUUAUCGACAUUCAAUAAAAACGAAUGGUACUAAUGAUUUUGGAUGUAUUCAAAGUGAUGUUGCUCGUUUUUUAUGCAAUACAACUGAUGCGAAUUAUCGAACUGAAUGUUGUUCUUCAUUCUUUUGUAAUAUUAACUAUCAAGAAUCAAUUACAUCAUCAAUACCUACUAUUAAAUCAAUAAAAUCUAAUGAUACUAAUUUAUUAAAUACAAUUAUUAUCAUAGGUACUAUUUUUUUUAUUAUAUUAUUAAUUAUAAUAAUCUAUUAUUCAUAUAAACGAAAAUUUAAAAGUUUUUGGUCAACAUCAAAUAGUUUUAUUGAUGAUAAAAAUAAUUUUCAAUCUCAAAUUAAAAAAAAAUCUUCAAUUCUAUUUCCUAUUGAUUAUCAUUCAGAUACAAUAUCAUGGAAAACAAAUUCAUCAAAUAAUCAUCAUCAAAUUGUACCACUUGAAACUCGUCGUGUAAAUAAAGAAAUAACAUUUCUUGAACAAUUAGGUCAAGGACGACAUGCACGUGUUCGUCUUGGUCUUAUCGGUCAACAAUAUCGAGCAAUAAAAAUGUAUGAAACAAGAUUUCAAAAUGAAUUUGAACGUGAACGUACUAUUUUUGAAACUGAUCUUAUUCAACAUCCAAAUAUACUUGCUUUUUUUGGUGCUGAUUUUUAUGCUAAAAGUACUGAAACUUAUCAUAUGUUAAUAUUUGAAUGGCAUCCAUAUGGUACACUUUAUGAUGUUCUUCGAGAAAAUAAAAAUAAACAAUUUAUAACAAUUGAACAAUUAUUACAAUAUUCUAUAUCAUUAUGUGAUGGUCUUGCACAUUUACAUUCAAUUAAAUAUGGAACAAAUGAUAUAUGUAAACCAAAAAUGGCACAUUGUGAUAUAAAAAGUUCAAAUAUAUUAAUUAAACUUAAUGGUGAUUGUUGUUUAUCAGAUUUUAGUUUAGCUGUUCAAUGUGAUCCUCAUACACAAAUAAUACAAGGUGGUGGUAUUGAACGUUUUUAUCAUCGUGUUGGAACAAAACUUUAUAUGCCACCUGAAUUACUUGAUAGAAAUAGUAAAUUUAAUUUUGAUCGUAUAAAUUCAUAUCAACAAGGUGAUAUGUAUUCAUUAGCACUUGUUCUAUGGGAAAUAGGAAAUUGUUGUUGUUCAUUAAUACAUAUAAGACCAUAUGAAAAUCAAUUAUCAAUUAAUUUUAAUCUUGAUGAUCUUAUUCAACUUAUUUUAAUCGAACAAAAACGUCCAAUAUGUUGUAUAAAUACAUCAGAUAAAAUUCUUAUAUCAUUUUUUAAUUUACUUGAUUUAUAUUGGUGUCAAGAUCCAUAUGCACGUCAAUCGGCAGCUAAUCUACAAGAUCAACUUCGACAAUUACGUCCAAUAAAUAAAUCUUCCUAG